AUGUCAAGUAGUAAUGAGUUUUCUAUUAAAACAACGACGAUCUCAGAGUUUGCGCAACGAAACUAUCCGCCAAGUAUACGUUACUGUGCUUGUCUACUACUAUUGAUCAGCCAAGGAAUUGGCCAAAUUGUCGCAGCUGGUUGGUGCAGCACCCAACAUUCAUUUUCAUGUUUUAUUGCGCAAUUGUUCAUUGCAUUUCUUGCUGCUUUUACAACACAGUGGUGUCAAACUUAUUCCUUAGGACUAACCCGAGCAAAGCGUGCAUUUUUUGAUGAAUUCAAUGUUCUUGAAACUUACCAACCAAGAGCUCGUACUAUGGGUCAUUUAUUUGUGCCUGAACCACCAACGCCAGUUCCGGAUGCACAACGACAUCAGCAUGAUGAUACAGUAAAGGAAACAGAACGAAGUGUCUUUUUGCAGAUGAGAGAUGCGCAUUAUGAAAACGAAUAUACAUACCUGGAAAAGCUGAACCGUGAGUUGAGAGAAGGAGGAAAUGUUGCUAAACAACCACAAAAUGAAGUCCAAAAUGGUAUGUCAAAUAGACCGAAAAUUGAAGGACCGGUUCUAAUUGAAUUUCAUGCUGAUUCCGAAACAGAUGAUGAUGAUUACUCAUUGUAA